AUGACAGUCACUCUCGUCACCUCUGAUAAUGAACAAUUCCGCGUCGAAAAGGUGGUUGCCCAGCGCAGCGUCCUCAUCAAGAACAUGCUGGAAGACGUUGGAGAGUCUGAUCAGCCAAUCCCACUCCCAAAUGUGACUGCGCCCGUCUUGAGAAAGGUCCUCGAGUACUGCGACCACCACCAGACGGAUCCCCUGCCAACAGGUGAUGAGCCAUCGGCGGACGAGUCUCGCAAGCGCACGACCGAUAUCUCGGAAUGGGACCAAAAAUUCAUCACAGUCGACCAGGAGAUGUUGUUUGAGAUCAUCUUGGCGGCAAACUAUCUCGAUAUCAAGCCUCUGCUUGACGUCGGAUGUAAGACGGUUGCCAACAUGAUCAAGGGCAAGUCUCCCGAGGAGAUUCGCAAGCUAUUCAACAUUGUCAACGACUUCACGCCAGAAGAAGAGGCUCAGAUCAAGAAGGAGAACGAAUGGGCCGAGGACCGAUAA